AUGACUGUGUCCGAGUCUAAGGACCUUCGCGGUCUGAACCUCAUCGCCGCCCACUCCCACAUCCGCGGCCUCGGCGUCGACGCCACGACUCUUGAGCCUAGGGACGCCUCCCAGGGUCUGGUAGGCCAGGAGAAGGCCCGCAAGGCCGCUGCCGUUAUCUUGCAGAUGAUCAAGGAUGGCAAGAUUGCCGGCAGGGCUGUCCUCAUCGCCGGCCCUCCCAGGUUAGUUCUGCCAAGGAUUGCCGGCAAGCACGCGCCGCGUGGACGGGUCUGGGCUAACAUGAAUGCAUCACUGCUGCACAGCACCGGAAAGACUGCCCUCGCCAUGGGUAUGGCACAGUCGCUGGGACCCGACGUGCCCUUCACAUCGCUGGCGGCGUCGGAGAUAUUCUCGCUCGAAAUGUCCAAGACGGAGGCGCUCGAGCAGGCGUUCCGCAAGUCGAUCGGCGUGAGGAUAAAGGAGGAGAGCGAGAUCAUGGAAGGCGAGGUGGUGGAGAUGCAGAUUGACCGCAGCGUCACCGGCAGCGCCAAGCAGGGCAAGCUGACCAUCAAGACGACGGACAUGGAGGCUGUGUACGACAUGGGCAACAAGAUGAUUGAUGCCAUGACCAAGGAGCGCGUCAUGGCGGGCGACAUCAUCUCGAUCGACAAGUCGUCGGGUAAGAUCACCAAGCUGGGACGGUCGUACGCGCGCUCUCGCGACUACGACGCCAUGGGCGUUGACACCAAGUUCCUCCAGUGCCCGGACGGCGAGCUGCAGAAGCGCAAGGAGGUGGUGCACACGGUGACGCUGCACGAGAUUGACGUCAUCAACUCGCGCACGCAGGGCUUCCUCGCCCUCUUCUCCGGCGACACGGGCGAGAUCCGCAGCGAGAUUCGCGACCAGAUCAACACCAAGGUGGCCGAGUGGAAGGAGGAGGGCAAGGCCGAGAUCGUCCCCGGCGUCCUCUUCAUUGACGAGGUGCACAUGCUCGACAUCGAGUCGUACGCCUACAUCAACCGCGCGCUCGAGGACGACCUGGCCCCCAUCGUCAUCAUGGCCAGCAACCGCGGCAACUCGCGCAUCCGCGGCACCGACUACAAGAGCCCCCAUGGCCUGCCCCUCGACUUCCUCGAUCGCAUCGUCAUCAUAAACACCCACCCCUACGCCGCCCACGAUAUCAAGCAAAUCCUCACCAUCCGUGCCCAGGAGGAGGAGGUGGACCUGUCCGCCGACGCCCUCGCACUCCUCUCCAAGAUUGGCCAGGAGGCCGGCCUCCGCUACGCCAGCAACCUCAUCACCACGUCCCAGCUCAUCGCCGCCAAGCGCAAGGCCCAGCAGGUCAGCGUCGACGAUGUCCAGCGCAGCUUCCAGCUCUUCUACGACCCUUCGCGCAGCAUCAAGUUCGUCUCCGAGUCGGAGAAGCGUCUCAUUGGCGACGAUGGCGCCGUUGACUUUUCCAUCACCAAUGAUAACGGCGAAACCAUGGAUCUGAGCUAG